AUGAUCUUUUGCGGAGCCUCAAGGUAUGUCUUCCCCAAAUUUGAUUUGUUCUCUGCGUCGUCUCUAUCUUUGUUCCUUCUUUCUCCUUCGUAUGCCCUAAUUCUCCCCUUCCGGUUCCAUUCCAACUCGACAAAUCCUCAGUGUAUCGAAGAGGCUCUUUCCUCUUUCAAUCGCUUGCUUUAUGUGCGCCCCCCACCCUCUAUAGUUCAACUUAAUAAGAUCUUAGGAUCUCUUGCAAAGUUGAAACAUCAUCCAACUGUUAUCUCCCUUUUCAAACAAGCACAAGCUAAGGGAUUCACGCCAGAUUUGGUUACACUGAGCAUCUUGAUUAACUGUUACUGCCAUGUGGGUCAGAUGACUUUUGCUUUCUCUGCCUUAGGCAAGAUUCUUAAGAUAGGCUGUCGGCCAGAUACGGUUACUCUGACUACAGUAAUGAAGGGCCUCUGUAUCAAUAAUGAGGUUGGGAAAGCCUUGGAUUUUCAUGAUGAUCUGAUAGCAAAAGGGUUUCAGUUAAAUGUAGUAAGUUAUGGCACACUUGUUAAUGGACUAUGCAAGAUGGAGAAAACAAGAUCUGCUCUUAAAUUGCUGCAAAAAAUGGCGAGAGGGCCGGUUAAGCCUAAUCUUAUGAUUUAUAAUACAAUUAUUGUUGGCUUGUCCAAAGAAAGACUUAUAACUGAGGCCUGUGAUUUAUUUCAUGAAAUGAUUGAUCAUGGUAUGUCUCCUGAUAUUGUGACCUACAGCUCUCUUAUUCGUGGUUUUUGUGUCAUGGGUAAAUGGUCAGAAGCUGCAAAGUUGUUUAAUCAAAUGAGUCAUGAAGGCAUCAACCCUAAUGUUCAUACUUUUACUAUACUCGUUGAUGCAUUUUGCAAAGAAGGAAGUGUUACCAAAGCUGAAGCUGUUGUUGGCUUGAUGAUGAAGUGUGGUAUAAGACCUAAUGUAGUUACUUACAGCACUUUAAUGGAUGGUUACUGUUUGAUUAAUAAUGUUAGUGAGUCAAGAAAUCUAUUCAACAAGAUGGUCUAG